AUGGUUGCCAAGAGAAAAGGUGCAUCUGGCAGUAGUAGUAGCAGUGGCGGUGGCGGUGGUGCUAGCGGUAAUGCCAGAAAGAAGCAGAAACAUGAGCAAACAUCUGCAGACGAGGAAAACAAGAGUACUCAAGCAGGUGUCGAGACGAGCAAUCAAUCUUUGGAGAACUUUACUGAAAAAUACUCAACCUUACAUGAUUUUUACGUUGAUGUUAUCAACAAUGCAUCGAAUCUAUCUGACCCUGAAACCGGAGACAUUAUCUCAGGCCCAUUUUUGAGGUUACCCCCAAAGAAAAUCUUCCCCGACUACUACCAGUUGAUCAGCAAUCCUGUAUCCAUUUAUGAGAUCAGGUCUGCCUCGAUUGUCAAGAAGAGGGGUAUCCCCGUGAGGGAUCACGUUGAUGGUAACGGUUUAUCGCUUGAAGGGUUCAGAGAACUGUGGAUCACUUUAGCAAAUAAUGCGGCAACAUACAAUGAUCCAGAGAGUUUAAUUGUUAAGGAUGCAAACACAAUUUUAAACUAUGUGACCAAAAGGAUCGAUGAUUUUAAGGCUUACUUGGAGUUUAUGGGAAGUGAUUUCCCGCCUAGUGCGAUUGGGUUGGGCUUAUCUUCCACGACUACCGCCUCCAAGACAACGUCUACCGCCAAUGAGACUACUAUUGCCUCCAGUGUUGGCACAACCAAUGGUUCCACAUCAGCCAAUAAUACAAACGACGACAAGGGGAAGUCAACAAAAACAAAAUCAAGGGGAAAGAUUGAAAGAAAUGAAGAUCAAGUAAAGAAGGAGAACCGUUCAAACCAAACAGAGGAUCAGACAAGUUCCAAUAUCAUCCCAAAUUUGGCGAGUGCUGACGGUUCAAGUGAAGAUUACACUGCUGAUUUAACUAAAGUUUACAGACACUUGUUGUCAUUCAAAGUAUCGCACCAUAAGAACUCUAUUCCUUUAUCUAAGGUAUUCAUUGACUUGCCUCCUAGAGAUGACCCUGAAACCGAAGAUUAUUACGAACUUAUCACUGAGCCUAUGUGUUUCAACAUGAUUGGAGAGAAGAUGGAAAACGGCGCCUAUUCAAAGGGCCUGCAAGGUUAUAAGGAUUUUGUUGAUGAUGUUAAUCUGAUCUUUUCUAAUGCACUGCAUGUUUAUACAGACGGUCCGUACUUUAAGGCAGCUAACGGUCUAAAAAAGGCAUUCCAGAGAAGACUAGAGAAAUUCGAUGCUCAAGUCAUUGAAAAAAAGAGGAAUUCUACAUCCAGCACUAAACCCAAAUCCAAAUCUAGAACCAGCAAAUCGAUCAGAGAGCCCAGUACAGAUUACUACGAAGGGGGUGAAGGGGCAGAAGAAGACGGGGAUGGGGGAGAAGAAGACGUAGAAGAUUAUGAAAAUGAAAAUGAAAAUGAAAAUGAAGUUAAUGGGAAGCAAAAUGCAGAACAGCCUGGAGAGUUUGCGGGAAAUGAAGAGCGAAUGGACGCCAAUGAUCACAAUGACAACAAUAACAAUGGUGAGGUUGCGCAAGAUCUACCCACGAUCAUACGUAAGCAUGAUGUUGAAAAGGCAGAAUUGAAUGAAGAAAUAGAUGAUAUUACCGCAUUUAUCAAAAAAUUCACCAUUUGUACGUCGACUAACCUGAACAAUUAUAUCAAUACGUUGAAAAAUUUGAGUUUGAAUCAAAGUAAUAUGAUAAUGUCUUCAAGUAACCCACUACCUAGCCAAAAGGUACCACAUAUUCCUGCACUCUUUGAGACCUCAAUUCUCGAACCGGCUGGUAACAGUACAGUUGGUGGUUCCACGUACAUCAUGCAGUUGCCGGGCUCGUCGAUUGUCGGACACGAGAUCUCAUGUGUUGUACAUCUACAGAACAAAAUAGUUGAUGAAAAGUAUGUUCCUGAACUGAAGAUAAAUGGUGAGUCGGUUAAUGGAAUUCCAAUUUCGGUUGUAUAUGAUGAAACGGCUGGUCAGGACGGCAUGUUUUGCGCAAGCAAAUACAAUGUGAAGUUAGGAUUUGGAUUGAAUUACUUUGAAUUCAAGCUACGAGUUCCAUUUCCGCUGAGAGGAAAAGAAGCCAAGGAGGAGCACAAGGAUCCGGAAGCAAUAAACGGGUCGAGAAAUGGGGAUGAGACCACUGGCACUAGCAAUGACAAUAGCGAUGAUACUGUAGAGAAGAGCGGCGGAAACAGCGGCAACAGCAGCAACAGUGAAAACAGUGGAGAUACUGAAAAUAACGAGAAGAGUGAGAACGGCAAUACGGACGAUAAGGGUGCACGUCUAGAGAGAGGCAAAUCCCCCGAGUUUGUGGAAAGUGUGAAGGUGUGGCUGAAUGUCACCCGCUAG